AUGGCGGCCCGGGUAGUGCUGGAUGAGUUCACGGCGCCCGCCGAGAAGGCGGCGCUGCUGGAGCGGAGCCGCGGGCGCAUCGAGGCUCUGUUCGGCGUUGGCCUGGCGGUGCUCGGCGCCCUCGGGGCGGAGGAGCCGCUGCCUGCGCGCAUCUGGCUGCAGCUCCGCGGCGCGCAGGAGGCGGUGCACAGCGCCAAGGAGUACAUCAAAGGGCUCUGCGAGCCUGAGCUGGAAGAAAGAGAGUGCUACCCCAAGGCCAUGCACUGCAUUUUCGUUGGGGCCCAGAGCCUCUUUUUGAAGAGCUUAAUUCAGGAUACUUGUGCUGACCUCUGUGUUUUAGAUACUGGGCUUCUUGGCAUUCGAGGAAGCGCUGAGGCUGUGGUCAUGGCCAGAAGUCACAUUCAACAGUUUGUGAAGCUCUUUGAGAGUAAGGAGAGCCUCCCCAGUCACCAGAAAGAGUCAGAAAUUAAGCGGGAAUUCAGACAGUUUGUUGAAGCCCAUGCAGACAGUUAUACAAUGGACCUGUUGAUUCUGCCUACUUCCUUGAAGAAGGAAUUACUGAGUCUCACACAAGGGGAAGAAAAUCUGUUUGAAACCGGAGAUGAUGAUGUCAUUACUGUUGGAGAUGUACGGCCACCAGAGUUCACACAGAGUACUGCCGCAGGACCGAGUAUUGCCAGAGAUGACAUUGUUGUACAGGAAGAGUCCAGAAAUAAAGCUAGGACUCCUGUUUCUGAGCUUACAAAACAAAUGGACACAGUCUUUUCUAGUUCACCAGAUGUGCUUUUUGUUCCAGUGAAUGGUCUAAGUCCAGAUGAAGAUGCUCUUUCCAAAGACAGAGUUUGUCACAAGAGGAGGUCUUCUGAUACAGAAGAAAGGCAUACAAAAAAGCAGUUUUCCUUAGAGAAUGUUCCAGAAGGGGAGCUUUUGCAAGAUGGUAAGGCAUCAGCUGAAAAUGAAGUCAUCGACCUUUCUGAUGCUGCUUCGAACUCUACAAAUCUAAGCCCCGAUGGAAAAGACACUACAGAAGAAAUGGAGUACAAUAUCCUUGUUAACUUCUUUAAAACCAUGGGCUAUUCCCAAGAGAUUGUUGAAAAGGUCAUUAGGGAGUACGGGCCUUCUACAGAACCACUCUUGCUUUUAGAAGAAAUUGAAAAAGAAAAUAAAAGGCUCCAAGAAGACAGAGACUUCCCACCGUGCACUGUUUAUCCAGAGGACAGUCAGAGCAGAAGUGCAGGAGGUAGGAGCACGACAAACGAGCUCACAGCAGAGUCCACUCCAAAGAAAACACAGAAUCAUACAGAGCAAACUAUGGUGGAAAGAUUCUCUCAGUUACCGUUCAAAGACUCUAAACAGUGUACCUCAAAUUGCAGAAUUAAUUCUUUCAAAACAGUGCCAGUAGGUCAGAAACAUGAAAUCUGGGCUUCAAAGCAGAACUCAAAUUGUACUGUGGACCUGGAAACUGAUGGUGUCUUGGCCGCCUCUGCCAGCCCUAAAGACGUCAGUUUUGUUUCAAGGGGAGCUUUAGGGCACCAGCAAAGAAACUCAGCUUUUCUUGAAAAUGGCUUUCAACAGCAAGCAGAACCUUUGCUCCCAAAUAACGUGAAGCCUGCCUGUGAAAAGCGCUCUGGCGGCUGUGGCUCUCCUCAGCCUAAGCCAAAUUAUCACCCCCCACUUUCUCCACCACUGCCGCCGCCCCAGCUGCUGCCUUCAGCUACUGAGGCUCGAUUGGGAGGAUCCUCUGAUCAUAUUGAUUCCUCAGUUACGGGGGUUCAAAGAUUUCGAGAUACCUUAAAAAUACCGUACAAGCUGGAGUUAAAAAAUGAGCCAGGAAGAGCAGAUUUGAAGCACAUUGUUAUAGACGGGAGUAAUGUUGCCAUUACCCAUGGUCUGAAAAAGUUCUUCAGUUGCCGUGGCAUAGCCAUUGCAGUUGAGUAUUUUUGGAAGCUCGGCAACAGAAACAUCACUGUGUUUGUCCCGCAGUGGAGAACAAGACGGGAUCCUAAUAUCACAGAACAGCACUUCUUAACCCAGCUCCAGGAGCUUGGAAUAUUAUCUUUAACUCCUGCCCGGAUGGUCUUUGGAGAAAGAAUUGCUUCUCAUGAUGACAGGUUCCUCCUGCACUUAGCAGACAAGACCGGGGGCAUCAUUGUAACCAAUGAUAACUUCAGAGAGUUUGUGACCGAGUCCGUGUCCUGGAGAGAAAUCAUUACGAAAAGACUGCUUCAGUACACAUUCGUGGGGGACAUAUUUAUGGUUCCUGAUGACCCUCUGGGAAGAAACGGACCUCGGCUGGAAGAAUUUCUUCGAAAGGAGGUCUUUCUUAGAGACAUGCAGCCGCUACUCAAUGCCCUGCCAAGUGUGGGCACGUUUGACCCUGGCUUCCGGAGUCCCAGCACCCAGGUAGCCAACACCAGCCACCAGCCUCCAUCCCGGAUCCAGACCUCCUCAAACCAUUGGCUUCCUCAGCAGCCCCACUUCACACCCCUGGCCACGCUUCCCAGUAUGCAGCAGAACCUUCCCGUGCCAGCACAGAGGUCUUCUGCAGAGACCAGCGAGCUGAGGGAAGCUCUACUGAAGAUCUUCCCUGACUCUGAGCAGAAGCUGAAGAUCGACCAGAUUCUGGUAGCUCAUCCGUACAUGAAAGACCUGAAUGCCUUGUCUGCCCUGGUGUUGGACUGAUGGCCGGGCUAGAGCCCGCUGACGAUGGGGUGAGGGAGCUGCCCACUGGGGAAGUACGGCAAUGUGAAGACACCUUCCCAGAAAACAUGGGUGUCAUAUAGAAAAAGGAAGAUGUUUUGUGUCUACAAAAAUCUGGGUUUUCAAAGCCAGCUUUUUUCUAUAUAUAAAUUAUGCUGCUAUUACAGAUUUAACAUUUUCUGUAAAAGGAAAGUACAUUUUCUGCCUGUUCAGAACUGUUUAAUAGCAGUUACUCUUGAGUGUAUUUACAAUUUUAUGUUUUUUAAACUAUUUUCCUUAAAGCAGAAGAAAAAUUGACAAAUGAAUAUGGUUAGCCUUUCUAAAUAAAAUUUUAAAAAAAUAUAUAAGAAAAAAAAAAGGAGUUGCUUCCUUAAGGAAAGCAAGACUUCUUAAAGUCUAUUUUCUUGAGGUAAUCUGUCCUGUCCACUAACCAUGGCGUGUGCUCCCUGCCUUCAUCCCUAGAGUUGGCUGCUCUGCUCCUGUGGGGCCUGUCAGCGAGCCAUUGUGGGAGUGGAGCAGCAGAGCCACUAGAUGGCACCUGGUGCCUGGCUGUCUCCUGUGGCCAAAGGCAGACUCUGAAGAGCUGGUGGGAAGUCUUAAAGGCCAUGUGGUCCUGCCCUCCUUCCCCUCCGCUGGACAGAGAAGGGAACUGAGUCCCAGCAUACUCCGACUGGCUGGCUGGCUGGCGUAGCUCCCUAGUGCACUCACCAGCCAUGGCCGCCAUGCCCCCAACCUGGCUCCACGGCUGCCUUAGCCUCAGAAGGCAGGAUAGGCCCUGAAGCCUCUGGUGAGGAGACCCUGUGUGGAGUUUGUACAGCUUUGCCAAAAAGUUUUCUUCUCAAGGAUGACCCAAGCCAAUAAAUAGCAUUAGUAGUUUCAGAGGGGUAGGUAUCAAAGCCCCUGCAUUUCCUUUCUUUUGUCUUCUUAGAGGUUUCUUAGCAGCUCUUCCUGAGUCUUUCAGAACCAGUUAUCUCAGUGUUGUCUCUUUUCAGUGUAGCUUGGUCUGUGUCUGUGAAACUUCCUGGUUGUUCUUAGCAUCCUGACUCUCACCUGGACCUUCAAAGGGCUUUGUGUUUUCCAUCCAUGCUGUCUCCAGGCCGUGGUGGUCAGUCACUGCCCUGUGGAUCGUCUUUCUCCCGGUCCUACAAGUAACCGAGGACUUGGUGCUGGUUUGUUCUCCGUGGUGCAGGGACUUCGUAGAUCACAGAGUGCCGCCAUCGUGUUGUGUCUUGGUUCAUUUGAUCCCUGCAUCCCUCAGGAGAUGAGCACAGAGCCUUCUAGGUGGCCAUACUUACAUGUUCUCUCCUGAAUUUGUUGAAGAUGGGAGCUCUUUGUCAUCUAUCACUAGAGGGUUUCAGACCUGCAGGCUGUGCAAGUGGAGAACAGAGACCUCUGCCAGCCCCAGGUUGACCCACCACAGCCCCCCAACCCUACCCCCGAGCCUCAGCUUGGGAGCACAGCAAAGGUGCCAAGAUGGAGCUGUCUCCAGGGCUCCCUGGCCUGGUUAGUCCCAGUCAAGCUUUGCUGGAAACCAGAGCCAUGGUUGCCUCACCCUGACGCAGGCAGGGAGGAGCAAGGCUGUCAGAGGCCCUGUAGUUGGCCUGAUCUUUGAAUUGCGUGUGCCUCUGUGUUCUUAGUAUUGUUUCUGAGAGAUACCUGCCCAUUUCCCCCUUGUUCCUUACUGGAGGGAAGAAAAAGCUGGAGGAAACCCAAAGGCAUUAAUUAAUUACUUUGUAGAUUGUAAUGUGAAAUAUCAUUCUAGAUUCUUUGUGAAAUCUGUCACAUUUAGGUAUGACAUUUAAAGCCCAGUUAUCUAGCCACUGGAGAAAGCUCACAGCUUGCUGCUUUGCCUCAUCCAAAGCUCUGUUGCUGCUAGGUGCUUGUAGAUGUGUUACCUCCAUCCCUCCAGUGCCUCCUCAGUGAACUUGGGAGUGGCUUGGAAUUCCUCCCCAUGUGGAGGUUGAGUGCCUCUGCCUCCCGUGUAUCCCGAUGUUUGGCUGUGGCAGCCAGUGCAGCUUUGGUCACUGGACAGAGUGUGUGUGUGUGAUGUGUGUGUGUGUGAUGUGUGCGUUCCUCUGUGUGUGUGUGUGUGUGUGUGUGUGUGUGUGUGUGUGUGUGUGUGUGAUGUGUGCAUUCCUCUGUGUUUGUGUGUCUGUCCAUAGCUGUCCUGGUCCAGUGCAGUUGGCAGGCUCAGCUGUAUUGCUAGGACUUGUAAGGCAUGAAAGAGAACUCCACCUCUCCUUGUCAGUCCCAAGUCCACAGCCCUCUUCCUGGUAGGGGCAGCUGUCGCAGGCCCUCUGCACCAGCCUCACACAGGCCCUAGCCUGCUCCCUCCCCUGCCCUCAGCAUUCUGAGCCACCUCAGCUGGGUCCAUUAGCCCACUGCUCCCUGUACCCUGCUUGCUGACCCCUUUGGUUAAAACACCCUGCCUCCCAUUCUAGCUUCCCACUCUCCCCUCCCCAGUUUGGAAACUUGGCUUUUGCCCACCUCAUGGGAGUUUCCUGGGAAAUCACUGGUUGCUAUUCCAUUAAUGGAAUAGCUACAGUGAAGCCAUUGGCCUGCUUUCUUGGUUUUCCUUCCUGAGCGCUCCAUCUCUCUCUUUUCCUCGAAGGCCUAUCCUUCAUACAGUUUCUCAGCAGGUGAUUCUCAGGCCAGACCACCCUUAGGACUCAGUGGAAAGGGCGGCCCUUACUAAAAGGCAGGCUGUGUCAGUCACCACCCUAAGGGGUGGACUCAGUGCUCUAGAGGAGAGCCUGGAGGCUUGUCACUGCCACACCUCAUGCCCUGAGCAGCUGUGGUAGGGGGUCUGGAACUGGGCUUACUUAGGAGUCACCACUCUCCUAACUCUACCUUCCACUUUGUGACACCAGUCCUCUCACUAGCCCUGUGGGAUCUUAGCUCCCAGAACCUGGGCCUGCAUCCUGCCAUCUCUUACCUAACCCUGAGGUCCCUUAUAUCCUCCUUGGCCCUUGGCUUGCUAUACUAGUAGCCCACCACUUGAUCCCACAAUCCUCCCACACUGGUCCCUCACUGGCUACCUUACAGCUCUUCCCUCUCCCUAAUUCCAGGGGUACCCCAAGUUCAUCUUUUUUUUUUUUGGUUCUUUUUUUCGGAGCUGGGGACCGAACCCCGGGGCCUUGCGCUUCCUAGGCAAGCGCUCUACCACUGAGCUAAAUCCCCAACCUCCCCCCCCCCAAGUUCAUCUUGAGAGGACCAUUUUGCCUCAUCCUUUUCCUCUGUGAUCUUUAGCUGUGACAGAGCAUCAAGUUCCUACCCUCUGAGCCUUGUGUCCACGGCUGCUGUCCCAUGGCCAUACUUGACUGUCUACUUUCUAUCUCCUACCAUGAUCCUCACUCCAGCCACCCAGAUCUAGGUUCCCCACGGGCCCUGUUCAUGUGUAUUCGUCUUCUAGAAAUGCCCCUCUGCCCUACAGCCUGCCUCCUCAAAGGCCCAGCCCUGAGUCUCUUUGUGUUGUGAGCAGAAGCAGCCCUAUGCUAUUCCAUGGCCCCACAGCACUUGGUGUCUUGCUUCUGACUCUAACCACUCUGGCAGGUGUAGCUGCAGCCCACUGUGUACUGUGUUGCCUCCCUCUAGACUGUGAGCUCCUCGUGGGCAGGGACCAUAUGGUCACUCUGUAUCUCUUGUGGCACCUAACAGUGCCUUGCACUUGGUAGGUGCUCAAUAAAUGUCUGUUCAAGUGA